UUCCCUACAUGCUGCUUGCUCCGCGCUCACUGCGUUAUUUAACGCGCAUGCGCAACAGUAAGUCGUUUACGAAGAAGGCUGGUAUCGUCACAAACAGCUCGGGUGCCUUUGUGUAUAGGGGAAGGCUCACAAUGGCAAUGCUACUGGCAGCUUUGAGGCGAACGCUACACUCUCCCUUUCGUUGCUCUGUCUUCCCCCUGGGACGCGCCGCUGUGAGCGUGGCCACUCACUUUCACCAAAGUAGAGCCAAAGCAAGUCCUGACCCAAACAAACCAGUAUUUGGGUCCGUGUUGGACUUCGACCUGUUUGGAAUGGGGAUGUGGACCCUGGGUCUGGGGGCCAUCGGAGCAGCCGUGGCCGGGAUCUUCCUGGUCAACUCCGACCUGUGCCUCCCCAAAGUCAGUCCUGCUUCGCUGGAACACCUCGCAGAUGCUGACCUACGCUCCACCACUGACGAAGGAGAGGUCAUCAAAGCAAAGAGUCUCUGGGAGAAGAACGGCGCCGUCAUCCUGGCCGUGCGGCGCCCCGGAUGAUCUUUGUGCAGAGAGGAGGCCUCCGAGCUGUCCUCUCUGAAGCCCCAGCUGGAAGAGCUCGGGGUCCCUCUGGUGGCCUUGGUGAAGGAGAGCGUCGGCACAGAGAUUCAAGACUUCAGACCGCACUUCGCUGGGGACAUUUACAUCGAUGAAAAGAAACAUUUCUACGGUCCCAAAAUGGGCGGCAUGGGGUUGUUCCGCCUGGCGGCGUUGCAGAACUACAUCCGGGCCUGGAGGUCCGGUUACCAGGGCAACUUGAAGGGCGAGGGCUUCAUCCUGGGUGGCGUGUUUGUCAUCGGCGCAGGAGAGCAGGGGGUCCUACUGGAGCACCGUGAGAAGGAGUUCGGCAACAAAGUGGAAGCGGCGCGCGUUCUUGAAGCCGUUAGGAAAAUUGCUCCUCGCAAAUAAGUUGAGUAGAAUGCUAAAUAUAAGACAGAACCAAUUAGAUUUGAUAGUCAGCAGUCAAUGUUUAGUCAUGAACAGUGUACCUCAAUCAUGAGCAAAAAACCUCUGCAGACACUUUAAAGCUAAGACGGGUAUUAAAACGGGGACUUGAUUUAAAUUACGUGAAUUCUAACUUUGUGUUUACACUAUUAACACUGGAAUUGUUUGUUUAUUGUUUUGGGGGGAGUGUCCUACAUUAUCUCCUACUCAGACAUGACUCGACGUGUGUGUGUGUGUGUGUGUAACAAUGACAACUUGACUCAAAAACUCCAGAGGAGAGGAGCAGGUUUGAUGAUCGAAACACACACGCACACACACGUUGUGCUGCACACCGUUGCUGCCCCGCUGAGGCGUGCUCGCUCGUGUUUGUGUGUGUGAGACAAUGUGGGACACGUGAGCAGCAGCAAUAAAUGGACAUUUUACACUAA